AUGUGGCCAUGGCUAAGCCGGCUAUUUGGCAGACAGGAAUCCGAGCCGUACGAAGGCAAGGUGUACCUGGUGACCAACUACUCGGAGCACCGCGGCACGGUGUACGAGCCGUUCUACGUGCCAGUGCAGGAUUCUUUCCUCAGCAGGCACUGGACUCGGCUGCUGGACUUUUUCGAAAGGUGUUUCCGCCGGAAGGAUCACGAUUCGACCGUGUCUACCGAGGCUGCCGCGGAUGAGGCCAACCGCCUGGCCUUCCUCCGCGGCUCGCGGCGGUCGAACUUCAUCAGAACGACCAAGUACUCGUUGCUGUCGUUCCUUCCCCGCGUGCUGCUGUUCCAGAUGACCCGGCUGGGCAACCUGAUAUUCCUGGGCGUGUCGUUUCUGCAACUGAUCAAGGAGGUGUCGGACUCCAACGGGCUCCCCACAUACCUGAUCCCCGUGGUGUUCGUCGUGGCCGUUUGCGUGGCGCGCGAGCUGGCGUCGGACCUGGCGCGGUGGCGGAACGACCGAGAGGAGAACGGGCGCACCGUCCACGUCUUCCGCGGCGGCAAGCUGCUGAAGAUGAAGCAGCAGGACAUCUGCGUCGGCGACAUCGUAAAGGUACAUGCAUACGAGUACUUCCCGUCCGACCUGGUGCUGCUCAACUGCUGCGACGAGCACGGCGUCUGCAACAUCGAGACCAAGAACGCAGACGGCGAGUCGAACGUGAAGUACAAGCACGUGGUCCCCAAGCUGGCCGCGCUGUUCCGCAACGACGAGGAGGCGGCACGCGCCCAGAUAAAAAUCGUGUGCGAGCCACCCUCGGACAACCUGAACUCGUUUUCGGGCAUGGCGUACUACACCAACGACGACGCGGAUGAGUUGCAGGCCAGCCGCUUGAAGCUUCUGCGCAGCAUGCCCUCCCUGCGCGGGGACCCCGCCGAGAGCCUCCCGGAGAUCGGCACCACAAUCCACAAGGUGCAGCUGCAUUUCGACCAGCUGCUGCUCCGAGGGACGUCCAUGGUGAACACGCAGUGGGCGUAUUGCGUCGCCGUGUACGUCGGGCACCAGACCCGUUUGCUGAAGGGCUCCAUCGGCAGCUCCAGGCGCAAGAACUCCAAGCUCGAGGGCGUCUACCAGCGCAACAUGUUCACUGUGAUGAUCAUCAUGUUCGGGUGCGUGCUGAUCUCGGCCCUGAUGGGCGUCUACUGGCAGCUGACGAUGUCCGCCGACCACGACUACCUCCACGUGUCCGCCAACUCCUCCGCCUGGCGCACGUUUCUGGUCACCUGCGGCAGCAUGAUGCUGCUGCUGGCCGCCAUGAUCCCGGUGGACCUGAUAAUUCUGUGGGAGGUGGUCCGCAUGGCCGAGUCGUGGCAGAUCCGCUGGAACCCGGAGAUGGUCUCCGACGGCAAGCGUGCGGAGUCGCGCAGCGACCAGCUGAUCGAAGACCUGGCCCACGUCACGCACAUAUACACGGACAAGACGGGCACUUUGACGCAGAACGUGAUGACCCUGAAGGCGCUGGGGUUCGGCGCUGUGGGCAACGUGUCGACGCCCCGGUGUGGGGAGCAAUUCUGGAGCAUGUACAACCGCCAGGACCCUGAGAUACGCAAGAUGCUGCGCGAAUUCGUGCUGGUUGGCAGCUUGUGCCAUAGCGUGGUCAUACGCAAGGUGAACGGCGAGGAAAUCAAGCGCCGCCCUGAGCGCGUGCUGAAGACCGUGGAUGGCGCGACCAGGUUGGUCGCGAUCGACAACGUGCCCGUGGAGUACGACGCGGCUUCACCCGACGAGCUAGCGCUUCUCAACGGCAUAGCGGAGCUCGGGUGCGUAUUUACGAACCGCCGGACGGUGACUGAGAUAGACAUCUCCCUGGUAACGCCAGAGGCCCAGAAGCUGAUGUUGAGCACGGAGGACUACGAGCUCUGGCUCUCGUCGAAGGAGGAUGGCUACGUGCCGGCGCUGCGGUUCACGAUCCUCGACGCCGUUGCGUUCGAUUCCAGUCGCAAGUGCAUGAGCGUCGUGGUGCAGGGCGGCGACGGCCGCAUCCUCACGCUGUGCAAGGGCGCUGACAGCGCGUUGCUGUCGCUGCUGCGCAGCACCCAGCACAUCAAGGUCUCCGACAUACAGGAACAGUUGCACGACUUUGCAACUGUCGGCCUCCGGACGUUGGUGUUUGCCGUCCGUGAGCUGAGCGCCCCGGAGUACCAGGCCUGGCACGAAUCCUACGCCACGGCGCUGCUGGCCGGCGAGAGCCGCGAUGACGCGGUGGCCAACGUGGUGGCGGACAUGGAGCGUGAUAUGAAGCUGGUGGGCUGCUCAGGCAUCGAGGACCUGCUGCAGGAGGACGUGGGCGACGUGAUCCGCGACCUGAAGGAGGCCGGCAUCCUGAUUUGGGUCCUGACUGGCGACAAGCUGGAGACUGCGCUGAGCAUCGGCCGCUCCACCAACAUCGUGGACGACGACACGUGCAACGCCGUCUUGAGCGACCCCGACCCUCACGUGGUUUCUAGUGAAAUUGCUAUGCAUAUCUUAAACUGCGUGGGCCCGUCAAGGAUGGGCAGCAAAUCGGAGUUGCCGGUGGUGCGCUCCGUGUUCUGCAACAUCUGCGCAGUGGAAGUGCCGGAACCGCAGCAGCGCAGACGCCGCAGCUCGGCCCCGGAGUUCUCGAAGUUCUGCGUGACCGUUACCGGCGAGGUCCUGCAGACCGUGUACGCCGACGAGGAGCUCAAGGCGCAGUUCUUCCGGCUGGCGCAGCUCGCCGGAGUCGUCAUCGCGUGCCGCAUGACCCACAAGCAGAAGUUCCUGCUGACCCGCGACAACUCCAAGCUCAACGCGUACGGCACGUCGCUUGCCAUUGGCGACGGCGCGAACGACGUCGACAUGAUCCUCGCGGCGGACGUCGGCGUGGGAAUAGACGGCCGAGAGGGCCACCAGGCGUGCCGCUCGGCCGAUUUCACGAUAGCGCAGUUCCGGUUUCUGCGCCAGCUGCUGUUUGUGCACGGCCGCGAGGCCCUGCGCAAGAACAAGUUCCUGCUCUACUUUUGCAUAUUCCGCAACUUCAGCUUCAGCUUUGUGAACGUGAUCUACAACUUCCAGACCGGAUUCAGCGGCGUGAGCGUGUUCAACACAUGGAGCAAGCAGGUCAUCAAUCUGUUCUUCACGUCGUUCCCGCUGAUGUUCUACGUGAUACUGGACCGGGAGGUGCCGCACACCCUGCUGACGCGCUACCCCAUUCUCUACAACACGUGGAGCACGAAGCCCGUGAACCAGCUGGUGCGCUACCUGCUGCGCAGCCUGGGGUCAAACUGGCUGUCCAAGCGCUGGCACCGCCGCCUGGAGCACCGCCGCGGAGUGUACGACCCGGUGACGUUCUGGAGCUACCUGCUGGCCGCCCUGUGGCUGUCGGUGUUCGAGGUGCUGAUCAUCCUGAGCUUCACCGACACCACCGACGUCAACUGCAGGGACGGCUCCCCGCUGAACCUAGGCUUCAGCCUGUUCUCGCAGGCGAUGUACGUGCACCACGUGCUGGCCGUGAACGGGAUCGUGUGCCUCGUUUCGAAGAGCUGGUACUGGCUGAACCACUUCUCCGUCUGGGGGGAGACCGCGAUAAUGAUCAUCUGCUGGAUCAUCGUGAGUCUGGUUCCGGCCUUUGCGUUUGUGCCCGAGGCGCACGUGUUCCUGGGCACCUUCGAGACGCUGCACUCGUCGCUGGCCUACUACGGAGCCAUCAUCUUAAGCCUGGUGGUGACGCUGUUCCCGUUUUGGGGCUACCUCUUCUACACCGCCGUGUUCAACCAGUCGCUGGAGAACCGCAUAGCCAUCGCGCUGAAGCGCGGCACCUUCAACGGCAUAUCGUUGUCGCGGCGCAACUCAGUGGCGUACAUCGCUAAUGCGGUCGUGCCGCGUGUAGCUCCACCCUCGGGGUUCGCGUUCGCCAUCGACCAGGGCGACGCGCUGAUGGCCCUGAUCCAGCGCACGAUCCACAAGAUCUUUAUGAACUGA